CUGUUUUGAAAGCAACUCUGAUUUGAUGUUGAUUUUCAGAAGCCAACUUCACUGACUUCCUUCUUUUAGAAUUUGGUCGUCUCAUAAGCAGGGUCUAUCAAACAUUGGAAAUGGGGGCCUAUCGUUAUAUGCAGGAGCUGUAUAGGAAGAAGCAAAGUGAUGUUAUGCGUUACUUGCUGCGUAUACGGGUGUGGCAGUACCGCCAGUUGACGAAACUUCAUCGUUCACCUAGACCCACGCGUCCCGAUAAGGCUCGUCGCUUGGGUUACCGGGCCAAGCAAGGAUUCGUGAUUUACAGGAUUCGUGUCCGCCGUGGAGGACGCAAGCGUCCAGUGCCAAAAGGUUGCACGUACGGCAAGCCAAAAAGCCAUGGCGUUAACCAACUGAAACCCUAUCGUGGAUUGCAGUCGAUUGCGGAGGAGCGUGUCGGUCGCAGACUUGGAGGAUUGCGUGUUUUAAAUUCCUAUUGGAUUGCACAAGACGCUUCAUACAAGUACUUUGAGGUGAUUCUAAUCGACACUCAUCAUAGUGCGAUUCGCCGCGAUCCUAAAAUCAACUGGAUUUGCAAACAUGUGCACAAGCAUCGCGAGCUUCGGGGCCUUACCUCUGCUGGUAAGAGCUCACGUGGUAUUGGCAAGGGUUAUAGAUAUUCCCAGACAAUUGGCGGAUCUAGACGUGCUGCCUGGAAGCGCAAGAACCGCGAGCAUAUGCACAGGAAACGUUAAAUUGUAAAUUUUAUCUUCCUUUGAAUGCGGCUUUUGAAUAACA